GAAACCGGUGUGACUCAUUCGGCAGUUGCCGUGGCAACACUGGUGAUGCUGGGGAGCGCAGCACUGCCCCGCUCCCCCCAGCCCUUCCCGGGGAGCGGAGGGGACCGAGCCCCCCGGCACUGAGCCCCCGGGACGUGCCAUGGGCUCCCAUGUCACCGGCUGCUGCCCGCAGACCCCCACGACCCCCGAGGCUGCGCAGAUACCAUCGGCUGCCACCGAUGGUGGAUGUUGAUGUUUGUGCGGGUGGAGAUAGUACCAGAAGAAAAAUGGAUGCCCUGACAGAUAGUGCGGUUGAGAUUGUCCCUUUGGAGCUGUAUGAUUCAGCCAGAGCAAAAAUAGCUGCUAAUCUACAAUGGAUCUGUGCUAAAGCCUACGGAAUAGACAACGUCCCCGAGGAGCUGAAGGACCCGUUCUACAUCGAUCAAUACGAGCAAGAGCACAUCAAGCCGCCCGUGAUCAAGCUGCUGCUGUCCAGCGAGCUGUACUGCCGCGUCUGCAGCCUCAUCCUCAAGGCGGAUCAGGUGGCGGCUCUGCAGGGCCACCAGUCCGUCAUCCAGGCUCUGUCCCGCAAGGGGAUUUACGUCAUGGAGAGCGAUGAUACACCUGUGUCUGAAUCUGAUCUGGGCUGUGCGCCAAUCAAAAUGAGUUCUCAUAUGGCAAUGAUCGAUGCUCUUAUGAUGGCCUACACUGUCGAAAUGAUCAGCAUUGAAAAGGUGGUUGCCAGCGUCAAGCGUUUCUCUACAUUCAGUGCCUCAAAAGAACUGCCCUAUGAUUUGGAGGAUGCAAUGGUUUUCUGGAUUAACAAGGUGAACCUUAAAAUGAGAGAGAUAACGGAGAAGGAGAUUAAAUUAAAACAGCAACUAAUGGAAAGUCCAGGGCACCAAAAGUCUCCUUCCAAAUGGUAUUGGAAAUUAGUACCUGUGCGUUACCGAAGGGACCAUCUCUCGAGCCGGCAGUUGCCAUAUUUCCCUCUGCUGGAAGAUCUGAUGAAGGAUGGUAGUGACGGUGCUGCCCUUCUCGCUGUCAUACACUAUUAUUGUCCAGAGCACAUGAAACUAGAUGAUAUCUGUUUGAAGGAAGUAACGUCAAUUGCAGACAGCCUCUAUAAUAUUCAACUUUUGAGAGAAUUCUCAAAUGAAUAUCUAAAUAAAUGCUUUUACCUCACAUUGGAGGACAUGUUAUACGCUCCUUUGGUUUUAAAGCCCAACGUCAUGGUGUUCAUUGCGGAACUCUUCUGGUGGUUCGAGAAUGUCAAACCGGACUUUGUGCAACCAAGGGAUAUUCAGGAGAUAAAAGAUGUUAAAACAGUGUUGCAGCAGAAGAGCAGCCGCCCGCCCGUUCCCAUUUCCAACGCCACCAAGCGCAGUUUCAUGGCCAGCCCUGCGGGUUCUGGCCCAGCAGAGCUGCCGCCCGCGGCUCCACCGGCCCCCGACGCCUGCAGCAGGUACUACCUGCACCCCGAGGAGCCCGACUACCUUGGCAAAGGAGGAAACCCUGCCUUCAGCCCUUCCCAUCCACUGCUCCCGCUGAGACAAAAGCAACAAAAAUCGUUACAGGGAGAAGACAGCCCUGGUCACCGGCACCGUUCUAAUUCUCUGACCCGCGUUGACGGGCAGCCACGAGGCUCAGUUCUUGCGUGGCCGGAGAGGAAACCCAGGCCUCUGUCUCAGCCAACACCGUUUGCUCUCCAUCAUUCCGCCAGCAGUGAUGUGGACCCCGGGUCUGGUGACAGCAUUAGUCUGGCCAGAUCGAUCAGCAAAGACAGUCUUGCUUCAAACAUCGUUAACGUAACUCCAAAAAAUCAGCCCCAUCCUCCAUCAGUGAAAGCGAAUGGGAAGAGCUUAUUGAACAACGUUGAGAUCGAGGAUGAAGACGAAGAGCUUAUUGCAAUAAUCAGAUCUGAAGAAAGGCCAAACCGUAGUGAUCAUGAACUGCAGAAUGCGUCAGCCAGGGUGCCCGGCAUCGUUACCACGGCGUGGUCUCCAAAAACAAACAGUGAGACUUCAGAAGGCAAACAGGAGAGUUUUUACCUGGAGCCCUUAAUGCCUGCUGUUCUAAAACCAGCAAAGGAAAAACAGAUCAUCAAUAAAGAGGAGGAAUGUGGGGAGGGGAAACAGAGGAGUUUUAUAACAAAGAGAUUAACUGAUGGACACUUGCCUUUGCGCAAGAAAACAAACAGCACUCAUGGUGAGCAUGACCUUAAUAGGACUUUUACUCCAAUUUCUAGUUCUGAUUUCGCUCCAGUCGCAGAAGCUGGUGCUGCGGACUCGGCAGCGCUGAUGGAGGCCGGGCUGGAAGCUGCUAGACCUUUGGCUAGUAGCAGUUUGGAUCCUUCCGCUCAGGAGCUCUCCACGGGAGGAUUCUUUCUUCAUGCUGCUAAAUCUGAUGAUGACAUAGCAAGUAAAGUCAAUGUAAGUUAUGCGAAAAGUUUCAACUCACAUAUUCAGGAUACUACGUGGACUAUGGUGAGACAAGACUCUGACUCAGACCUCUUGGACAUAGAAGACGCUGAGGAGGAUUUGGUGGUCGUAGGUGACCAUCCUAUAGUUGCUAAGUACAUUGGUGAGGAGGAAUCUGCAAAAUUGCAAGAAGAUAUGAAGGUAAAGGAACAUGAAGAUAAGGAUGAUGCUAGUGGACGUUCCAGUCCAUGCUUGAGUACAAUUUCUCAAGUUAGCAGCGUGUCCAUGGCCAGUGGGAGCGUCCGAAUGACCAAUUUUGCCGAACGAAAGCUUCAGAGACUUAACAGCUAUGAGACAAAGUCCAGCACGAGCAGUUCACAAAAGACCACACCAGAUGGGUCAGAAAGCUGCCCAGCACCGCUGACCACAUGGAAACAAAAGCGAGAACAAAGCCCCAACAGACAAAAUAAAGAUAACGCUAAUCUUUUAGCUUCUGAAUUGGUGCAGCUUCAUAUGCAGCUGGAAGAGAAAAGAAGGGCAAUAGAAGCUCAGAAGAAGAAAAUGGAAGCCUUGUCAGCAAGGCAGCGAUUAAAAUUGGGCAAGGCAGCUUUCUUGCAUGUUGUUAAAAAAGGGAAAUCCCCCGAUGUUCCACAGCCUCUUAAACCAGAACAUUUUGCAAAAGAAUUUUCUCGGCACAAUGGUGAAGACUUUGAUGAAGUUUCUUUGGCUUCCAAGUCUGAGGAGUUUCUUGUGAAGGAAGAGGAGAGAGAAGAAAUGCUCAAUGAUGCUCAAGAAGUAGCAAAAGUAAAAAUGCAAGAAAGCCUUGCUUUUGCUGAGCAACAUAAACCAAAAGACUCUGCUGCUAUACAUGACUUGGAAAAAAGUAAACUUAUUUCUGUUGCCCUCCUAGAAGACAAUGUUACAGAAGUAGAUAUAAAUGAAUGUGACCUUUCUAUUGAAAAAUUGAACGAAACAAUCAGUACCCUUCAGCAGGCUAUAUUAAAGAUUUCCCAGCAACAGGAACUUCUUAUGAAAUCUCCAUCGGUGCCGUCACCAGGAACCAGAAGUAACUCUCAGGACCAAAAGGUAAAACCACCAAUUCAUUUUGUUGAGCCCCUGUCUCCAACUGGAAUGAACAGUCUUCGUAAACCACCUCGAUUUGGCCAAGGAAGGAGCCCUCGGUCAGGAAGACCAGUUGAUCUGAAAGUCCCUAAAGACAGACAACAAAAUUCAGCGCGUGUUAAAACCCCAACGCCCAGUCUAGAAACCUUACCGCAUUUAAGGCCAUUUCCAUCCAAUAGCUUGUCAAAGACGCCAACGGAAAUCGGCUUGGAAAAUAGUCUUGAUCUUGGAAACGGUUCUCAAGAAAAGUGUUUCUUCGAUACCUAUAGACUUCAUGAUGAGAGCAACCAGCGGGCACUUGUUCUCUCCACCUCCAAAGACGCCAAUAUUAUUUCUGAAAUGAGCAAAGAGAUGAGUAACAGCUUCAAGGAAUCAGGGUUGAAUUCUUCUGAUGGCUCAGGAAAAGAAAAUGUCCCGGUGGAUGAGCCACUGAGAAGCAAAGCAAAUCUCAUUGAAGUAGAUCUGUCUGAUUUAAAAGCUCCAGAUGAAGGAGAACUUGAAAACCAGGAUAGCUCUACGGAUAUAAUUAGUGAAGCUGAUCAGAAGUCGGGCGUGGGUUUUUUCUUCAAGGAUGAACAGAAAGCAGAGGAUGAACUCGCGAAAAAACGUGCCGCGUUCCUUUUGAAACAACAGCGCAAAGCAGAGGAGGCUCGGAUUCGGAAACAGCAGUUGGAGGCUGAAGUUGAACAAAAAAGAGAUGAAGCUCGUCGCAAAGCUGAGGAGGACCGAAUACGGAAAGAAGAAGAGAAAGCUCGAAGAGAACUUAUCAAGCAAGAAUAUUUAAGGAAAAAACAGCAGCAAAUUUUGGAGGAGCAAGGGCUUGGAAAGCCUAAAUCCAAGCCCAAAAAACCCCGGCCAAAGUCGGUCCAUCGUGAAGAAUCUUACAGUGAUUCGGGGACAAAGUGUUCUUCCACACCUGAUAACUUGAGCAGCGCUCAGUCUGGUUCCAGCCUUUCUCUGGCCUCAGCAGCCACCACGGAGCCCGAGAGCGUGCACUCGGGCGGCACGCCGUCGCAGAGAGUUGAGUCUAUGGAGUCCUUACCAAUACUAAGCAGAAAUCCAAGCAGAAACACAGAAAGAGAUUGGGAGAACGCUUCGACAGCAUCUUCCAUUGCUUCAGUGGCAGAAUACACAGGUCCAAAAUUAUUUAAGGAACCCAGCAGCAAAUCCAACAAACAUAUUAUCCACAAUGCGAUCUCUCAUUGCUGUCUUGCUGGAAAAGUGAAUGAGCCACAUAAGAAUUCAAUAUUAGAGGAACUAGAAAAAUGUGACGCCAACCACUACAUCAUCCUGUUCCGCGACGCCGGCUGCCAGUUCAGAGCACUUUACUGCUACUACCCCGACACGGAGGAGAUCUACAAGCUGACUGGGACGGGGCCAAAGAGCAUCACCAAGAAAAUGAUUGACAAACUGUACAAGUACAGCUCGGACAGAAAACAGUUUAAUGUGAUUCCAGCCAAAACCAUGUCGGUCAGCGUGGAUGCUCUCACCAUCCACAACCAUUUGUGGCAAGCCAAGCGACCCGCAGUGCCAAAGAAGACUCAGACUCGUAAAUCACACUGAGGUCUUGGGGAGAAGGUUGCGGAACGGGGUUGCAUCGAAAAGAAGACACGUUUACCAUUUUCCUCCGGUUUGGUAUGAAAUGUGCAGAACCAUAAACAUUUUUUAAGAAGCUUCUAAACAGAACCCGUGGAUGCAAGUUAUUAUAAAGAAUGAAGGAACGUUGCCAGUGUUUUUUAUGAAUGAUAAAUCUGCUGUUACACCCAAUGCUAACUACUGUGGCUUUCAGCUGGUGAGGGACUGUGCAUGUAGCAAGGUCUUUAACAAGUGGAUUUCCUUUUACUUGAAGCUUUUCAUCGGUACAAAUUGGGAAUCAUUUAGUUCUGUUUCCUCUCUGCCUCAUUCCCUCUUUCCCGUCAUUCUCAAAGUUGGCAAACUCCGAACUCCAGGAGGGUUGAGCAGAUCUUGGGUGAAGUGCUUUGGCUUUGGUUUGGUUUUUUAAACAGUCUUUAGGGAAAUCUUCCUUUCAGACUUUUUUGAGGAACUGUUUAAUACAUCCAAUUGUUAUACUGUAUCUACUGCCAACGUAAGUCCAGCUCUCGGAUUUCUGAACAAAAACAAAAGCCCCAACUUGUGCUGCUCAGAACAGAGUUUACUUGCAGUAUCUGUUUAGGAUGAGCCUUGUGAGGAUGGCAAAAGCCAGUCUUUCUUAAAAAAUGUUCGCAAAUGUAAAGAUUUCUGGAAUACAAUCAUGAAGAGGCGUUCAGGUGCUGCUGGCUGCAAUGUGCCUGACUGAAGCUUAAGGCAAAGCUGAGUGGAGCGCAGUUAACUCUGCUUUCGGUUUCAGGCAGUGUCCUAAAGAUGUGUUUGCUUUAAUAAAGAAGGAUUCUGGUAGGUAUAGAACAUUUCCACUCUGAGCACGCUACUCCUGUACGAUGGUGCACUUAACGAUCACAAAUUUUAAUGUUUUUAUUACAUCAUGAAAUGUAAUUCUACUUCCUUUGUCCUGUCUUUAUUCUGAAUGAGCAGCAUGCUCUAAAAUGAAGAGUGUGUUAUGUUUUUUAUUUUGGGUGAUAUAUUAAUAUAUAUUGAUUUGUUUUUCUCAUUUGAAAGCGAUUUUUAAACAGAGACAUUUGCAUUUGUUUCAAAAGCCCGAACAAGUCGAAUGGCUUGGAUUUCUUUUCAUGUUGAAAUAUUAAAUCUUGAGUUACGACCUUAAAAGUCUUUGUGUUUCAGCAGAUUAAAUUUUUGUCUGUGGUAACAGGGUAUAUUUGCAGUUCGGUUCCAUUUUUUACUCUUCCCAUUUCCGGCCCAGGUCAGACUUCCGAGCAGGUUUCUGUAGCUGUGACCUGGUUGAAUCUGCGAACACGCGCCCGCAACAUCUGGAUUGACACGAGUACCCGAGGGUCGCGUAGCUUAGAACUUUGGUUUGCACAUGUUUACUUUUAUUUGAAGUGUUACUUGAAUAUCUUAUCUCUGAAGUGCAAGAGACACCAUCCUAGACAUGAACUGAGCUCUAAAAUACAAGACCGUGUAAUUCUUAGACUUUGAGGAUAAUGGAAGUUACGAAGAGUUCUGUACAGAAGGGGAAAAUAGGGUACGUAAUAAAGUGCUAGCUAGGCAGGGCAGAUGAAGGUCUUCCAUUGUGCUCUCUCCAUUUUGUCCCCUUCCAGUACUCCUUGACUAGGCUGCUGCAACGUUGUAAAUUAUGUUAGAUAGUUCGCUGCUUGUAAAUAAUUAAAGGCUUUAUGGUUUCUAAAGUGCUAAGUAUUAAACACCGUCAUGAGUGUAACUUUUGUUACCAUGCUUUUCAUGCUUGUGCUUUAUUUCUCACUGUUUGAUAUUAUAUACCAUAUUUAUUUUAUGAAACACUGAACUUUAAUAAAAACCAUUAACUGA